AUGGGGGUGGCUAAGUCGAACGAGUGUGACGUCAACACCGCUCCGCCUGCGGCUGCCUUCAAGACCCUGCUGCUCACUGGCACGUCAUUGAUCGCCUUGCCGGACAUGAUUGGGUGCUUGGAUAACAUCAGGUGCAGUUGGGACGGCGUCUGGGGUGGCCAGGAUCCUGUGCCACCUGAUCUACGACAGCAAAUGACGAAGCUGGCGCACCUUGAGCAACGGGUGCGAUCGAGCAUCGGAAACCAAGUGGUUCGUCAGACAAGCAGGAACGCCAAGGGUGGUGGUGUUCCCGACGUCGUCAAGAAAGCGGUUGACUAUCUUCCACGAAUGGAGAAACAACUCGACGACAUCCAAUUGCAUGACAUACUAUCAAGCGACAUCGUGGCCAGCGUUGACACCGCCAACCCAGACGAAGACGCGUGUCACCGCAUCAUCUUGUGGCGGUACAAGCUUGCCCGUUUCAAACCACCAACAGAAGCCUUGAACGCUGCACGUUGGCUCUUGUGCUCAGCUGGGUCAGCUUCUGAGCUGGCACACCGCCUUAGCUACUUCAGUGUGGCUGUUAAUCGUCAAAUGCAAGAGGAGUAUGAGCAGCACGCGCGAGCUGGCAAUGCUGAUGCCCUGUUUGCGUACAGAGAUUUGCGCAAUAAUGGGCGAUCGACGCUGGACCAACGCUGCGCGCACCACGCGGUGGUGGUGGCGGUGAUGGUGGUGGGCACGAGCAGCGUGUGCAGGAUUCUGGAGAAUGCGCCGGCAUUGAUGCGAAUUGGCAAGCGCAUGACCCGCGGCAGCCGCCUCCACAUCCUUCACUGCCGCAAGUGCCCCAGUCUUCACUGCCGCAAGUGCCGCCAGGAUCAUGUGCUUCGCAGUGCGUGCAGGAUUCUGGAGAAUGCGCCGGCAUCGAUGCGAAUUGGCAAGCGCAUGACCCGCGGCAUCCAUGGAGCGACGGCGAGCCCAGUCCAGUUGCUACCCCACAGUCUCCAGCAGAUGGCGGGCAAGAUGGCUUGCGUGGUCAUGUCCCAGUCGACAGCACCGCCCCCACGAUACGGCAGUCACCGGCCGACGAUGACAUCUUCGACCUCCAGCUCCUACCACCAUUCGAACGCCUUGAUCCUGAAGCCCUGAAUGCCUUGUUGGACGACCUGCUGGCCGAUGAGCUACUGCUCCACGGGGUAUCGCUUUUGGCGCAGUGUGAGCCCAGCUUCCUCUUGGAUCCACCUCAGCAGCACCAGCCCCAGCCACGCCCUGCCAGCCGGCCUGCCACAUCGGUGGCCAGCACCCCAAGAACUCCUGCUGAAGGUGCGGACUUUGUGAAGCGGCUGGACAAGCACAUGUUCGAGCUCCCGCCCCCGCCGCCAAAACGCCCUUUCCGCAGCGGCCCCACCGCCACCACCACCACUAGCAGCCCCACCACAACCAACAACAACAACAACAACAACAACGACGACGACGACGACGACGACGAGCUUCCUCGAAAGCGCGACAAACGUUGUUAACGCCAGCUUGGUGCCUUUCUUUCGCAGCAACCACGAUCCUUCAAGGCGUGUUAUCCUAACCGAAAACACAUCUGGGUCGUGGCCGCGACGGAAUGGCUUUAAGCCCUUCGUUGGCAUCCACCCACCCACCCACAUCAACCAAGAACAUCCAGCCUCCCCUCUUUCUCAACAGCAGACCCUGCAAGAACAGCUUUUCGACGACCACCUACUGAUGGGACAGCCAAGCUAGCACCUUCACUGCUACUUGGUUCGUCUCCACAGAGAGGACAACGCCUCGUGUGUACCACGAGCGUGGAUUCCUUGCCCACGCUGCACUCCACACCAGUGCACAUCAAGUGGGAGGCCGACGCUCACGCUUCAGCAUCAGCAUUCCGCUGUUUUGCUGUGUCGUGCGGCCUGAUCCCGUCCUUCCUUGCUUGUUGCUGACACACAUCUGUGUUCACAGCAGCAGCACUCGUCGGUUCCUCACAUUUACGUGAGGACACCUCUUCUGCGGAUCCCUUUCGGACCCCAGGACCCUUUGACGACGACAACGCACUCCCUGCUGAUGCUCUCUGUUUGCCUCCCACCUGGUGAUUUCCAAUGGUGUGGAGUGCAGCGUGAGCAAGGGAACCACGCCCGUGGUGCACACGAUGCGUUGUCCUCUCUGUGGAGACGAACCAAGACAAUCUUGGUGACCCUUCACUCUGGUCGCUUCUUCUUGCUUGUUCUUUGCAUACAAUCUGCUGCCCAGCCCUCCCUUCUUCUUCUUCUCUUCCACACACACACACACACACACACACACACACACACACACACACACACACACAUCUACUUGCUGCUUUCCUGGUUUUGGCCAUCCCUGCCCUCUCCAACACGACGAUGAUGACUACUUGCUUCCUUGUAUGGUUCCUUGUGUGCUUUGCACCUGUUCGUUCUUUCCUAAUUCCCCAUCCUGUCUUCCACGUUUUGUGUCUGCCUGUCAACGCUGCUUGUUUGUGGCUCACGACAGUUUGCCACAUCGGCCUCGUUCCCAUUUUGUUCCUCCUACCUGAUGUGCGUUCAUGUCUGUUCUCGUUCUCACAUUCGCGUACUUACUGAUGGUUUUGUGUCGUUUCGUGCCCUGUUGACUCCUAACGUGCAACGUUCCCUAUCUGCUGAUGCUUAAUUCUUUGAUGUUCCCAUCCCGCUGUCUCUCGUUUCCACUCGUUCCAUUUCGUUUGCGUUUCGUGCUUGCGUUUUCGUUUCAUUCUGUUCCACUCCAACAUCAAGCCCAAAACCUCCAAACGCCGACGUAGAAGCAACACACCAACCAG